AUCAACGACCAAGUAUAAAAUGAAAUUAUGGAGCAGCGAUUUGUGCUGCUGUGCCAUUCCAAUGGUCAACUUUGGUAUCUAUGCACAGCUAUUUGAGUUCAUAGCUGUUGGUUUGGCAGCUGGAAUUGUCGCUCUCGCAUCACAAAGGGUUCUCGGAGCAGAGUCUAUACCCGAAUGGCCAUCAUAUAUAUUAGGCGUUCUCUGUUUGCUUGUCGUAAUCAUACAGCCAAUCGGUUUCGUCGGUGUCGCCAAGGAGAAAUUCCGACUGUUCAGACGUUUCCAUUUCCUCAACACGCUUUUAACUUUAUGCGCAUUUAUGUGUGCUUUGGCUAUUAUCAUCGCAUGUGCUGCAAAACACAGUGACGCAACGACGAAGUGUCAAUCCGAUUAUUACCCACCUGACCCUGAUGCAACGUUCACACUCUCUCAGUAUUCUGGUACUAUUUGCAAUAUUCUUGGAUGGGUCGAUAUAGGCGUUAUGGGCUUGUUAUGGGUGCUCUUAAUACUUGUACAAGGAUACUUCUUGUGGAUUCAACGCAAGUUCUCAUCCGGACAACGAAGCGAUCAUCAGAAGUAUGAAUCAGUCUAUCAUAGCAACAAUGGUGAUGACUAUAUGAUGUCAACCCAUCGAGAUAAUGCUUGGGAUGCUAGGAAUUCCUACGAUGCAUACGCUCAUGAUAGCUCAAGCAAUAGUUACACCCAAGGCUAUGAUAACUCAUCGAGUUACCAACAACAACCAUACGCUUACAACAAUCAAACUCACUAUCAACAACCAUACGAGCAAGAUGACGUAUACAAUUACAAUUAUUCACCUCAGUAUAAAGAUUCACCAUAUACGAAGGCACAUUUACCAUAUGGCGCUCGUUAUUAACACCCAUUUUGUUCAGUUAGUUAUUAUUAAUUUUGUACCACAUUCUUC